GCGACACUAUAAAAAUGGGAGAACGACAGCUUUGUCCUUCCUCUCCAAUCCAACAACCACAAAAAAGCAGUCUCUUUCAUCACUUGUCAAUAAUCAUCACAGCAUAACAACAACAAAAAAAUGGUCGGAAAAGCAUCUCUAUUCGCACCACUCCGGUUAUCUCCUCAAAUCACACUUGCUCACCGCAUCGUCAUGGCACCUUUGACCCGAAACCGAGCCAUCGAUGCCAAUAUUCCCAACGAACUCAUGGCCAAAUACUAUGAGCAGCGGUCGAAUGAGGGUGGAUUGAUCAUUACAGAAGGCACUGCUAUUAGCAAGUAUGGACAUGGGUAUGCUAAUGUGCCUGGGAUCUACACGGAUGAAAUGGAGGAUGGGUGGAAGAAGAUUGUUAAAAGGGUACAUGCAAAGAAGGGGAUAUUCUUUAUGCAAUUGUGGCACGUUGGCCGUCAAUCCCAUCCCGCCUUUAUGCCCAACAACGAAUUACCUCAUUCCGCCUCGGCAGUACAGCCAAACACUAAUGUAUACCUCCCAACCGGCAAAAUGGAAAAAGCGCCAACACCACAUGCAAUGACAAUUGAUGAGAUACGGCGCACCCUCAACGACUACAAAGAAGCUGCUCGGCGGGCACGUCGGGCUGGGUUUGAUGGUGUCGAGCUGCACGGUGCCAAUGGGUACCUCAUUGAUCAGUUCCUUCAGGACGGCACCAAUAAACGAACGGAUGCGUACGGCGGAUCAAUUGAAAACCGUGCACGGUUUGCCAUUGAGGCCAUUGAAGCUGCUAUUGAAGGUGUAGGCGGUGAAGCCGGUCGUGUCGGAAUCCGAUUCGCGCCAUGGGGAACAUUUGGUGACAUGAGCGAAAGUAACACGGAAGCUCUCUUUUCCUACGUCCUAGAAAAAGUCAACAAGUUCAACCUCGCCUAUGUUCAUCUUGUCGAACCCCGUAUCAAUGGUAACCAAGAUAAAUCUGAUGCAUCGCACGCCCGUGAACUCCAACCCUUUCGUGACAUUUACAAAGGAAAUUUCAUGGUCGCCGGUGGAUAUUUGAAAGAGAACGCUAAUGAAGCAAUUCAAUCUGGAUACGCGGAUUUGGUGGCAUUUGGACGUUGGUAUCUGGCCAACCCGGACUUUGUCGAGCGCUUGAGAAAGGAUUUGCCGUUGAAUAAAUAUCACCGUCCUACCUUUUACACGAAUGGGGCCGAGGGGUAUGUUGAUUAUCCGUUCUUUGAGGAAGUGAAACAGGUCGGCGUUCAGUCGAGUUAGGGUUCUGGCAGGGCUGGAUCAUGGUUAAUCACGACGGUGUGGGUAAACUCAACAGAUACUCAUGUAGAUACUGUAUAAUUGUGUUUUUUUUAAUGUGAUUUCUGGCAAAUAGAUGUGGUUUUCUAAUUGACCGAAUCAUAAACA